GCGGAAGACGCGAAGGAGCGAGGGCCGCGGCGGACCCAGCGGCGCGCUGCGAAGGGCGCGGGCGCUCGUCGCGCUUGCGGCGCUCUGGGCGGUGCGGGUCAUGGCUCCGCCCCUGGCGCCCGGCCGGGACCGUGCGGGCCGAGAGUUUGAGGACGCCUGGGAGACUCGGGGGGACCGCAAGGCCCGGAAGCCCCUGGUGGAGAAGAAGCGGCGCGCGCGGAUCAACGAGAGCCUUCAGGAGCUGCGGCUGCUGCUGGCGGGCGCCGAGGUGCAAGCCAAGCUGGAGAACGCCGAGGUGCUGGAGCUGACGGUGCGGCGCGUGCAGGGCACGCUGCGGGGCCGGGCGCGCGAGCGCGAGCAGCUGCAGGCGGAAGCAAGCGAGCGCUUCGCGGCCGGCUACAUCCAGUGCAUGCACGAGGUGCACACGUUCGUGUCCACGUGCCAGGCCAUCGAUGCCACCGUCGCCGCAGAACUCCUCAACCACCUGCUCGAGUCCAUGCCUCUGCGCGAGGGCAGCAGCUUCCGGGAUCUGCUGGGGGACGCCCUGGCCGGGUCUCCGGGAGCCCCUGGGCGAAGCGGCUGGCCCACGGGAGGGGUCUUGGGGUCCCCUCUGCCCAGUCCCCCGGGCCCCGGGGACGACCUGUGCUCCGACCUGGAGGAGGCCCCCGACGCUGAACUGAGCCGAGCGCCUGCCGAAGGGCCAGACUUGGUGCCAGCAGCCCUGGGCAGCCUGACCGCUGCUCGCAUAGCCCAGAGCGUCUGGAGGCCUUGGUGACUAACGCCAGCCCCAGGACCGCAGGUGCCCCAGGCUUCCCAGGUACUGUGUGGAUCUGGGGGCAGAAGUGCUGAAACCCUCCUCCGUGCCGGGCACUAGUGUCGGGGACAGAGGGAGACCUCGGACCCUGGCGGCCCUGGCCUGAGCAGAAGCUUGAACUUGCCACUUCAUUCAGGACACGGUGCAUUCAUUCAGGACACAGGAGGCAGGUGCAUUCCCCAGCAUUGCCAGUCCUCUGCCAGACAGAAGCAAAGCCUCCCUGAACGCCUUGCAUUUAGCACACUUGGAGUUUGUGUAUUAGGUUACCAACAAAUGUUCCAGUUUUAUUAAAUAAAGGAUUUGGGAGAGUUAGUUACCCUUCAGAAGUA